AUGCAAUCAUUUAAUGCAUUGGAGUGGUGGAAUGUGCACAAAUUAAAGUAUCGUGUUUUGUCCAUGAUGGCUAGGGAUGUACUUGCAAUUCCAAUUUCUACGGUUACAUCUGAGGCAACUUUUAGUGCAAGGGGUAGAGUUAUUGAUCCCUAUCGAGCUUCAUUGGCACCAGAUACAGUACAAAUGUUGAUUUGUGGAGGGGAUUGGAUUAGACAUCUACAUGGAGUCAAGAAAAAGUUGAAGAAGGAGGAAUCUCCUACUGAGGUUUUACUCCCGGUUGCUACAACAAACUAA